CUCCUCUGGGCAGGACAUAUACAUUCUAGAGAGCAUUUCAUUGGACAAACACAAGACUAGUACAGGAUGAAUCAUCAUAAAAGGUAAUAGUUUUCCCAGAAGUGAAACGAGAUUAAAACAAGAAUAUCUCCAAAAUUAUUUUUGGGUUGUUUUUUUUUUUAAACUAGAUAUAUAAACUUUGAAGGGGUACUUGUAAACUUUUUAUUUUAAUUUUUUUUAAAGAGCAUGCGGCCCUGUGUUGCCUGUCGUUUGAACACUAACUUAUUGCAGUGCAUUGUGGGGCAUCUGUAGUGCACUGGAUCUCCUACAGCUUCAGACACGAUAUUAUUAUAUUAUCCAUCUGGGGCACACGGUGGCUUAGUGGUUAGCACGUCAGCACCUCCAGGGUCCAGGGUUUGAUUCCCACAGUGGCCCUGUGUGUGCGGAGUUCGCAUGUUCUCCCCGUGCUGCGGGGGUUUCCUCCGGGUACUCCGGUUUCCUCCCCCAGUCCAAAGACAUGCAUGGUAGGCUGAUUGGCAUGUCUAAAGUGUCCGUAGUGUAUGAAUGGGUGUGUGAGUGUGUAUGUGAGUGUUCCCUGCGAUGGAUUAGCACCCUGUCAAGGGUGUACCCCGCCUUGUGCCCAUAUCCUGGGAUAGGCUCCAGGUUUCCCCGUGACCCUGAAAAGCAUAAGCGGUAUAGAAGAUGAAUGGAUGGAUGGAUAUUAUCCAUCUACCACGUUAUAUACUAAAACUUUUCGGACAGAAGGCAAGUGAAAGUAAAACACAAAACAAAAUAAUGUACAACACCGCACUCUAGUGUUCAUAGUUUCUAAGUCUGACGUCUACUCUAUGGCUGUAUUAUAAACCCCUCCCUUGUUCUCUACAAGUGCACUACAUUGAGUGUGUUACUAACAACACAUACGUCCUUUGUAGUGCGCUACCUCCAAGAAGGCUAGUUGAGAUUCAGCCUCUGUGCCGAACCGGAAGUGACGUUUGGCGGCAUGUUUCAGUGUUAUACAAGGACCGAGCGUGUCUUGUUGAAUAACUGUGGUUACUGAAUGAAGUUACACAAGCAGCCCCACCACCACACACACACACACACACACACACAGUGUCUACACUCUGAACGCGCCACGUUGUUUUACUCUAUGACUUAGUUUCUUGUGAAACGGAAACGGAGUACGAGUCGAGAGCUAACAUGGCUAAACGUAAACACCGGGCAGAUGCUGCUGCGACUGAAAAGGACAACACAAAGAAGAAGCUGAGUCAGGCUGUGAAGAAGAGAAAAGCUGCUCCUAAAACGCCGAGUAUCAAAGACAAAGGUACCAAAGCCAAAAAUGUUGCCAAGCCCAGAGGCCAAGCAUCGAAAAAGGCAGAUAAGCCAACAGAUGAAAAGAAGAGCAAAUACUUCAGCGAGCCAUUAAAAGAAGAGCCAGAGGACAUCUUUGAGGAUUCCAGCAUGUCACCUCCAGAGAGUUCUGUGCUGAAGAGCAGUGAUUACAAGAUGAAAGAAGAGAAAAAAGAAAGUGAUAUUGAGAGUGACGAGAGCGAUGAUGAUGAGGAUUGGGAGGAGGUGGAAGAACUGGCAGGCCCAUUAGCCCCAACAGAGGCAGACCAAGAACCUGCAGUUCCUUCUCAACCUGUGGAAAUUGAGAUUGAGACAGCUGAGGCCAGGCACAAGAGACAGAAAAAGGAGAAGAUCCAAGCUGAGUUUGAGAUUUACCUGCGCAGAAUGAUGAAACGUUUCAACAAGGGGAUACAGGAGGAUACACACAAGGUUCAUCUGUUAUGUUUAUUGGCUAGCGGACUGUUCCGGAACCGCCUGUGCUGUGAGCCUGACCUAUUGGCCAUCACUUUGUCCUUAGUUCCCACCCACUUCACCAAAGUUAUUAAAAAACGUAUCAACACUGUUUAUCUGGAGGGUCUUCUGAAGUGGUUUAAGGUGACAUUCACACUAAACCCCGCCCUCCCUGAAGAGAAGGACGUGGGACUGCGUAAGCUGCUGGAGAGACGUUUGGGAAGUCUGUCAGCACGUGAUCAUCAGGAGAUGACCUAUCUGUUCCUGCUGGUGCUGAGGUCACUGCACCUCUAUUGUCGAUUGGUGCUCUCACUACAGCCAUUACCCCUCAAACCUUCAACAAACAUGGAUAAAGCACCCACCUCCAGUAGUAGUUCUUCUAAAGUCAAAUCUAAUGAAGCUGAUAAAAAGCCACCAGAACCAAAAGUUUCCCCUGGGUCCAAACGCCCAUCUACCCCAAGUAUUGAGGGGCAACCGAAGAGGGGAGGAAAGAGACAAAAAAGGAAUGUUGCGGAUGGAGGGAACAAAGAGAAAGAAGCAGUAGGGGGACAAAGGCCAAAAAACACCAAAAGAAGGAGUAUCGCAUCCAAAGUGUCAUAUAAAGAAGUGAGCAGUGACGGGGAGGAUGAGCUUAGUGAUGGGGAGGAGUAUAAGCCGACAAGAGAGGACGAAAGCGAUGACUCGGAUUGUGAUGCAAAAAGGUCAAACAGGUAUUCAAAAGCUAAGGGAAAGGGCAAAAGUCAGGCUCCACUACACUCCAGCAAGCCCCAGAAGAGAACAAAGAAGGAGGAGGAGGAAGAAACAGAUGAAGAAGAAGAACAGCUAAAAGGGAAAAAGCAGUAUGGGAGAAGGAGGCAAGUAAAAGGAGAUGAUGAAUGGAUAGAGGUGUACCUGAAAGGGGCAAAGAGAUGGAUAUGUGUUGAUGUUGAUCAAGGGGUGGGGCAACCGGAACGCUGCUCCAAUAAGGCUACUCAGCCAAUUACGUACGUAGUGGGUGUAGAUGAAGACGGUUACCUGAAAGACGUGAGCAGCAGAUACGACCCCACCUGGCUCACGUCGUCACGGAGACGACGUAUCGACUCAGACUGGUGGGAGGAGACGUUAAGCUUCUACGAGUGUCCCGAUACUAAACAAAAGCAGGAAGAAGACAAAGAGCUGCAGGACAAGUUGAUUGGUAAGCCAUUGCCAAAAGUGAUAUCGGAGUACAAAAACCAUCCUCUGUAUGCACUAGAGAGGCACCUGCUGAAGUACGAGGCACUGUACCCCCCCACUGCCGCCAUUUUGGGCUACUGUCGAGGAGAAGCUGUCUAUUCACGAGAUUGUAUCCACACACUGCAUUCCAGAGACAUCUGGUUAAAGAAAGCGCGCACUGUCCGACUCGGGGAGGAGCCUUACAAGAUGGUAAAGGGCUGCUCCAACCACUCACGGAAAGCCAGGAGGAUGUCUGAGAACAAGGAUAAAAAGGACCUGGGCCUGUUCGGCCACUGGCAAACCGAAGAGUACCAGCCUCCCGCAGCCAUCAAUGGCAAGAUUCCACGUAACGAAUUUGGAAACGUGUACAUGUUUCAACCAUGCAUGUUGCCAGUGGGGUGUGUGCACGUGCAUCUGCCUAAUCUGAACAGAGUGGCUCGAAAACUCAACCUGGACUGUGCUCCUGCAGUAACAGGCUUCGAUUUCCAUGGAGGACACUCACAUGCUGUAAUUGACGGCUACAUCAUCUGUAAGGAACACGAAGAGAUUCUGAAAGCUGCCUGGGAAAACGAGCAAGAGAUUCAAAGGAAGAAGGAAAAAGAGAAGCGUGAGAAGCGAGCAUUGGCUAACUGGAAGCUGCUGGUGAAAGGGCUGCUGAUUAAAGAGCGGCUGCAGCGGCGUUACGGACAGCAGGGCGUGGCCAAGGACACGGGCAUUGCGGAAGGAUCCUCAUCUGGAGAGGAGGACGAAGGUGGAGCUCACACGGCUCCCCCAUCUCUGGCUGUUUCAUGGCCACAGAACAGGCAGGAGGAGAAGGAAGAGGGAGGAGCUAAAAAGUCUGUCAGUAAGAGGGAGAGGCGUGGCCAGCACAAACAUCUCUUCCCUUUUGAAAAACGUGUGUGAUGUGAUUAUUCUUGCUUACGUCCUCUUUCUCUCUGUACUUCAGUCGCAGCGCUCUUUGCUCGUCUCUGUUUACAGGACUAAAGUUGCAUGACAUGGAUGCCUUGUAACAAGUGCGUCUUUUGUUUCUUUAGUCUCUUUCCUUGCCACUUAGCCUGUUUAAUUAAAGGGAAACAAACCAACCAAUUAUCACAUACAAGAAAUUUAACACACUUCCAUGAACGGAAAAUCUGUUUACCAAAACCUCACUUACAAUGGAGUUCUAAGGGAAGCUAUUGCAUUUCAUGAAUGAAAAAAACAAUAACCGUUAUAUUCUAACAAUAAAGGUCUUCGGAUGUGCGAGACAUUGGCAGUUUUAUUCAUUUUUAUAAAACUGAAUAAAUACAGUAAAAGUAAUUCUCAUUUAGUUAGACUGUGAAACAGUCUUUGUGAUCCAUGUGAAUGGCGGUAGAACCAAAACACUUCCAUUUUUUAAAAAAUACAUUGGCAACAUUGGUCAUUUCCUCUGAAACGGGAGUACCACCUCAAAAAGAAAGAAUUAUACCGAUUUUGAGCUUCACUUACGAAUAUGUUUGACUGAAGAAUUCAUGAAAGUGUUCAACAAAAAAAAAAAGUUUAUCGAGUGCCCCAAAAAUUGCGCUUGGACAAGUGAGUUUCAACUAAACAGCUUUUCUUCAUAUGUGAAAGCCUGGAAAAAUUCUUGUCUGUGGUAAUUGAACAUACAAUACAGAUGUGGUAGAAAGAGGAUAGGUUAAAAACAUCGCCAAUAAACUGCACAUUCGCUGCUAGUGUUUUUGGAGUUUAAGGGCUGUUGUGUUGCGAGUCUUACUAAUUUCAAUGCUUUGAGUCUGUAUUUUCAGUGAGUACAGGAUGUAUUAUUGGCUGUGUGCACAACAUCCAACUUCCUCUUCCUUCACCAAAUCCCUCCACUGUGCCAGCGACUGGGGGCCAGUAAUGUGUCUGUGUUUCUCAUAAGCCCAUAUUACUCAAUAGCUACUGCCAUUAAGUAUCUGUUUUUUCUUAUUCUUUUUGCCUAAAAACUAGUCUUCUAAGAAGCCUGAUGGAUCAUUCUUCCAAAAUAUGUAUUGUAUAAAUGUUUAAUCUUUGAUAUACUGCUUUCUUAUAAUCACUAUGCCGAGUUAAUCUCAGAGCUACAGAAUAUUUGCUUCAGCAUUCAUCUAUAUCCUGUACCUGUAAAAUCUGCUUUACAGUCCAUGUUCAUUAAGACAUGUAAGGCUCUUACUGUAAUAAUCUUGUAAUUGACUGAUGUUGAUUUUUCACUCUUACAGAAAUGUUUUUAUCCAUGGAUAUUUUUUGGAAAACAUUUAUAAAAAAAAAAAAAGAAAGAAAGAAAGAAAAAAAAACUUGAAUAAAUAAAUCAUAUUUGGUAUGUAAGUGCCUGUGAGUCCUAUUCAUGAACGUUUUCUGUCUCCAUCCACAGUCUGAUGAGUUAAAAGCAUACAGGAUGUUCAAUGCACCAGAGUUCCUGAAUUUAAUUAGCUUAAUUACCCCAUAAUGCUAUAAUUACAUACAACCAUCACCAGAAGUAUUGACACCCAUAAUUCAAUCUCCUCUAAGAAAAAUCAUUUUCAUAAGAACUUGAAUAUUUUCUUGAACACCUGUUGUUCAAUAUUUUACACUCAAAAAAAAUACUUCAG